AUGGAUCUAAUCUACCUUUGUAUUGUAUUUUUUGCUAUAACUGAGCAAGCAUUCUUCAUUUUCUACGCUGUUUUAUAUUUCCGAAAUCGCAAAAACGAGAAACAACUUCUCACCUAUCCAAUCACCUCGCUUUUCUUCAUUCUAAUUGUCGUGCAUGGCUCAAUUUUAACACUCAAUUGGACAUUGUUGCUUAUUGGGACAUCUGGACAAAUUUGGUCGCUUCGAAUAUUAUCCUACGGCCUUUUCAUAUUGUCGAAUAUGGUUGAUGAAGCUUACAUCAAUUUCCUCAAUGGUCCCGCAAUUCCCGUCUAUUUGCUUGCGCUGAGCGUUCAGAGAUCGGUGAUCAUUCUCGCCGACGAGACGUACCAUAAAUAUGUGUACGUUCUAAUGCACCUCCUUCUUCCUGCAAUUUCCGUCGGAUUUUAUACAGGCCUUUUAUGGAAAAUCCAUAAAAUGCAAUUGAUUUCGAAUAGCAAAAAGACGGUCGAACUCAAUAUCAUCCUUCAAACCCUACCAAUUAUUUUAAUUACCUCGAUUCGCAUAUUUGUCACCGCUUUUUACAUUUUCUUCGGAAUUGAUGACAGAAUCGAUUUCAGCGCCGUUUGCAGCUACAAAAAUUAUUUAAUAUUCAUCCCACUUGGCUACAUUUUCGGGAAUGUCGAUCGUCUGAAGUGGAUUCGGCGUUUGAUACGGCAAUCGAGUGUCAGCGACUCGACAGUCUAUGCAAAUUCAACCUUAAAUUAG